CAACUAUCCAAACAUAAAAAUACCCUUUAAAAUUUGACCAAACCUCAAACUCCAGAGGAAUAUCAAAACCAUCCCUUUAUCAUAUAAAUCACCCCCAUUCCUCACUCCCAUUUCCACAACAAUCAAGCUAGCUUUCUACUGGAAACCCUCUUCAAUUUUCAUCAUUAUAGUUCCUUUUCUCAUCAAUAUCAUUAAUUACCCAAAAAAAAAAAUAAUAAUAAUGAAGAACACAAAAGGGAAGAAGAAGAAGCAGAACAUUUUGAUUCGAAUCCUCAAAUCCCCUUUGACAGCCUUACAGAAGGUAACAAAUGCGUACUUAAACAGCAUGUCAAGUUGUGCGGACAGAUUCGGAGAAAACAAUGUGCUAAACUGCAGUAUUGCUCCUCAAAUGUCGUCUCAGUUGCCGAGGAAUUUCAGCGUCAGUUCGUCAAAGGAUACCAAACACGAGGAUGAACUCAAGGAUCUCAUCCGCACCGUCUCCACAAAGUUCAACAACGAAUCCAAAAUUGAGAUUAAGAACGUGGACCCGGUUCAGAAGAGGAGUUACAGCGUUGGGAUUGGGAAAAUUGGACGGAUUGACGAGGAUGCAGCUUGUGAUUUCAAGGAAGAAGUUACCACCCAUAAUGUAAAUUUUUACCCCCGAUCCAAGACUUAUGCUGUUCCUUCUAAUCGGAUUUCUGUAAGAACAUAGAUUAACACAUCAAUGUCCUCAAAACCAAAACAAUUGUUAAUUUUGCUUAAUUAUCAAAUGUAAAAGGUUAAUUUUAGUGUUGCCAUUUUAUUUUAUUUUAUUUUUUUUGUUGUAAAGAACAAGGGCACUGAUGGCCGAUUCGGUUUUUUGAAAGAUUGGACAUAAGUAACGCAUUUUGUAGGUAGAGUUUUGAACUAAAAGAAAAGUUCUAUUAUCACGUCAAUUGAAUAUGGAAAUUAUAAUACCAUCACUGAAC